AUGUGCAGCGUGAAGUGUCUUCGUCGUGUGCUAUUGUGGUGUCUUCUCUCAAACUGGAUCUCUGGGAAAGACCUAGUGGCAAGCACAGUGGCGAGCAGCCUGUGCUUGCCCAGCGGUUUGAAUCCGGAGUUUCGGAAGAACCUCUCCAAGGCUGGGGAGUCCUAUCCUGUAGGGGUUGUGCUUGCAGACUGGAGCUCUGCCCAUGUGACCAGCGCGGUUUUCGAAAUCCUGAUUGAAGAAGUGCUUGGCUACAACAUCUAUGUUGAUCCGCGCAGCCCUGCAUCAACUCUGGACGGCAUUUAUGCUCUUAUAGGAUACUAUGCGCUGGCAGAAGAAUUCCACGGGGAAAUUCCAAUCGAAGCGGGUGGCAUGGGAUACACUGGCUCAGAUGGCGUGUACGUUCCCAAAGCUAUUUUAGUAGAGGCUGAGAACGAAACAGGCUUAGCCCUCGAAUACUACAAGAGCUACCACCCGCAGUGGUUCAAACCUUGGGUGUAUUUUGGCAACGUCUCAGAUGUGGACACUUCAAUGGUGCUUCCAUGUCACCUGGUUGGCCACUUCACUCACAACGCCAGCACGUUCGUCUACUGGAGCAAAACUGGGGAUGACGGCGGAGUGACCAUUGUCAACAAUAGCUACAAAGUAUUUUGCGCAGAUGGUUUCUUUUGGAGAGCCGCGGCUUGUAGAAGCUCACCGUGGAAGUGCAUUUUGUUCAUCACGGCAGGCGAUGGUUGGGGUGCCCGCGCAGUGAUGGACAAGGCAACCUUUCUUUCCAUGCCCUUGGCAAUCGCUGUGGCCAACUCAGCGGUGAACUAUGUCACGAUUCCCCACUUCUACAAGAGCUUCUGA